CGGGGGAGGGGCGGGUUUGAGCGCCAAAAGAGCGGGGCGUCGCGAGCGUUUUCGUCCGUUGGUGGCGGUUGGCGCCGCUCUCUGACUGGAGCAGCGCUCGAGACUGAGGCUCUGUCUGACGAUGUGCUCCCUGGACCUGUUUCCUCCACCGCUCUGUGAGGGUCACAUCACCCUGUACGAGCUGAACAACGAGCUGGUCAGUGGCUUGCAGAAUGACGAAGAGGUUUACAACUUUCAGGCCCAGACAUUGGGCUUUCCGUCUGUGCUCAUUCGAAAAGAGUCUCUGAAGCCUCAUUGCCGCCUGGAGCACAGCGCCAAAGCAGCAUUCAUCCAUCACCGUGAGCCUGUCUGGAAACGCAGUGCUAAUGCUUGGCAUGAUUCAGGACUUUACGGAUUACUAGAUGAAAUAACUAACUCGCCUGAUGAAGUGCCCAAAUGGCUCAAGGCUUUGUCCUGCUGUACCCUGGCUGUGGCCCGCUGGGCCAGAGCCUUUCACGGUUCAUUGUCGCCCCACCUCAAGCUCAGCAGCGAGAACAUGGUGGCAAAAUUCUCCCAGGUAACCGAUUGGACGGGGUGCUCUCUGCGUGCCUUUGCCUGGCAUCCGCACACUGAUAAGUUUGCAGUGGCUCUGCUAGACGAUUCCAUCCGUGUUUAUAAUUCUCAAAGUGAGACGGUACCGACACUGAAACACCGGCUGCAAAAGAACGUAGCAGCGUUGGCGUGGAAACCCCUGUGUGCCUCUGUGCUGGCUGUGGGAUGCCAGAGCUGCAUCCUGGUCUGGCAGGUAGAUCCCACCUCCCUCUCCACCAGGCCUUCCUCUGGCUGCGCACAUGUUCUCUCUCACCCCGGCCACUGCCCUGUGACCUCGCUUGCCUGGUGCCCCAAAGGAGGGCUGCUUCUGUCUGCAUCACCAGUCGACACUUCGAUGCUGAUUUGGGAUGUCGCCACUGAGAUCUGUGUGCCAUUGCAGCGAGUUGGAGGUGGAGGGGUCACGUAUCUAGCCUGGUCCCCCGAUGGAAAUCGAGUGCUGGCCACCACCCCAUCUUCAGUCUUCAGGGUCUGGGAAACUCGCACGUGGACCUGUGAGCGUUGGCCGACACUGAAUGGGCAGUGCCAGACAGGGUGCUGGAGCCCGGAUGGGACCCACUUAUUGUUCACAGUGGAAGGCGAAUCUGUGAUUUAUUUACUGACGUUCUUGGACACUGGGGAAUUACUGGGAAAAGUUGGGGGCUCAAAAACAGCUUUGAUUUGUGCUGACUUAUCCAAGACUACCUUUGAGAUCGAGCAGGCUGAAAUUAGGGUCGGAGGGGAGGUGCAGUCUAUGGUGUGGGACCCAAGCGGUGAGAGACUUGCAGUUAUUCUCCGAGGUGACCCAACUAAUGUAGAAAGCAAAACCUUAGUUGCAGUCUUCAAAACCAACGUCAGCCCUGUGUUCGAACUCCUGCCCUGUGGUUUUAUUCAGGGCGAGAUUGAUGCUGAACCGCAGUUCCUCAGCUUCCAUCCCAACUUCAAGAAGGGAGCCCUGCUCACUGUGGGUUGGUCGACUGGCAGAAUCUCAAAUAUCCCUUUUUACUUUGUAAGCGCUCAGAUGUCCCGGCCAAGCCCUGGGCGCAGCCCUGCCUUGUUCCGGAGUAAUGGCAGCUCGUCCCGAGAACUGUUUUCGGAGUUGUGAUGGAACUGGAGUGGAGAGUGAGACCGGGGGUCCAGAUAAGGGCGGCAGAUAUCGUCUUCAGAGUUGGGGCUUCUUAAAUGGGGGCGCGGGGAAAUGGUCUCCACAUUUUAAGUUGCAGCCACACUUCCUCGCCAUCUUGGAUUUCAAGGGACAAUGGGCUCACAGGCUGAGGCUCGGAGGAAUUUUGGGUGCGCCUGGUGUAUCUGUACAAAUGCUGUGCGCAAUUGGCUGCUGCGUUUCAUCCACCAAAUCUGGUCACUACAUUUUACAGUAUAUUCUGCGAAGCACUUGAGAUGUCUCAACGAUGUGAUAAGGUGCUAUAUCAAAUGCAAGGAUUAUUAUUAAAUACUGUGGCUUGGGGAGCAGGGGCUUGUGUAUGCUGGUGCUGAAUGCAGCAGAAAUGUAGGUCAUUGUUAGCCUCGGGAUUCACUUCUUUCCAACACAUCAGUGAUUUGCUUCCAGCCAAUACAAGGCUCAGCUCCUGUUGUCUCCAGAGUUAUAAAUAUUCUACACAAGCUGCCACUGCAGAUUCAUUUUAGUGUGUUUUUUUUUUCCAAAACAAGUUUCUCUGGCUUGAGUAUAUAGCCUCGUAGCCGAGGGAAUGCAGAGCAGUCACCGUGAAGCAGUCACGCUCUGCCUCUUUUCGGGGGUCGGGGCUCUGCUAUUCAACCCAGACCAACAGCAUUUAAUAGCUAGACAGCAUGAAUAAUCAUAAUAAUAAUCCUUGCAUGUGAUAUAUCCAGCUGAGUUAAUGACAACCCUUGCAUUUCAUUUGCUGCUGCCCGCAAUAUCAGAUUGUCUCAAAAUACACCACAAAAGCUGUUAAGUGUAGUAACUUUAAGGUCACGCAAAUGGCCUCGUUAGCUGGGGCAGCGGUAGCCAAGAUACUGGGGAACAACCCCAUUCCCUGUGCCAAUGAUGUCAUGGGAUCUUUAAAGUCGGUCUCAGCAGGCAGAUGGGGCCUGAAUUUAACGUCUCAUCCAGUCCGUUGCCUCGGCUAAACGCAGUGCACACCCCGUGUUUCCCUGAAAUAAAAGCCAGUGUGUUUCAAAGCA